GUCGCCCUGACUUGCAUGCACAUGUUUAUUUUUCGUUGAGUCUCGAAUGAUUAAGGUUGUGCGAUCUAGUUUGAUGGUAUUUUAGCCUAAAAUAUGAGUGAAUUGCAUUGCGAAAAAUAUAAUAUACUACCAUCGGAAGGUAAUAGAUCUCGAAAGAAAGUUAAAACGCCGUCUAAGCGGGAAAAUGCAAAACGCAACAGAUAUUCUGCAAAAUUAUUGCUAACAUUUCCAAAAUGUGGGCAUGUAGGUAAGCCGUACCAGCCCUUUCAAUGUAUAUCACUGCUGACCAUGAGAGAUAUAAAAUUUUUUUAUGACUCAUUUUACAAAACAUCAGAGACAAUCACCCAGGACAAUUUUGUAUUGAAGCACUGCAGCGUUACUGAUCCCAAAAGAUCAAGAACACGAGAACAAGAAAAAAAUAAGCCGAAAUCUAUGUCAGUGAAAUACUAUGUGAAAAGAAGAGAUGGGGUAAUGGUUCAUGUGUGCAGACAGAGUUUCAUGAACAUUCUGGGAGUGAAGAAAGACAGGAUUUUGAAUGUAGUAAAACGGUACAAGGAAAGCAAUGAAAUGCCGUGGAGGUGAUCGGACAAAAGGUAAAAAUAACACAAAGCGAGCGGCUAUAAAAGAGUUUGUUGAAUCACUGAAGUGCAUAGAGUCUCAUUAUUGCCGAUCUAAGACAUUCAGUAGAAUUUAUUUGC